AUGCGUAGGAUCGUUUCGCCUAUUGCGAUCGGUCGAACACCACCGUCGGGUUUGGAUAAGGUGAUGAAUCGUGAUGGUAGCAGCACCUCCCGUACUCCCGCUGCUACUGUCGAGCUAAGGAGCCCUGCAUCUCCCUCCGCUUCGGGAGUGAUCUCUGGGCGCUCGUGCCUCUCCCUCCAAGUCCCCACCCGUGCCGGUCGUGGCGGAUCUCGUAUUGCGCGCGCCACCCGUCCUCCCCGUGCCCGUCCUCCCCGCGCUAUACCCCGACCCCUUGUGGCGGGGUUCCUUCCACCUCCCGGGACCCACGGCGCUCUCACGCCAGUCUGGCGGACCGGCCUUGGUGGUCCCCACCUAACCCCCCCACGCAUCGUGGCGCUCCUGGUCGCCCGGAGCGUUUCCUGCGGGAUCUCCUCCCGCUCUCCUCCGUCCGCCGUCGCCACCGCCCUGCAGCAGGCGCUGACGGCUGCUGCUGCGUCUGGUUCUGCCAGCCAUGCACGGGACCCGGCUGGCUCCGUCCCAGCGUUGCUCCGAGCCGCAGCGGCGCUGGCUGAGGGCGGGCGUUCCGCCGUGAGGCCGUCGUGCCAGCGCGGCGGGCGGGCAGCGAGGCGGGAUCCUGUGUACCGUUCGCCCUGUGCUGCUGCUCGGCCGUAUCGUUCUCUCCGUCCUCGCCGCCCACGUUCCCGUUCCCGUUCGCAGGUGCCGCAGUCGCUUCCGCCGCUUGAUGUCGGCGGUCCUCCUGGCUGUGUCUUCGCGGGUUUUGGCCCGCCUCGAGCGCCGCUGGGCGCUCCAGAGCCGGAGCCAGAGUGGUGGGGGGCGUGGCGGGAGUUCCAGGCGCGGCGGUGGCCAGGGGAGCCCGCGUGGGAGACUGAGGCUCGUUCGUUUGUGGAUCCCGGCGGGCGGGUGGCGGCGCGGAUGCGGGCGUUCGCCGACUCCCUUGGGCACGUGGCGACCGUGCUGGAGCAACUGCAUCGGGCGAUGGAAGCGCGGGAGGCGCCACAGCGGGAUCCCAUGCUGUCCCGCCGUCAGCAGGUUCGGGUGUUCCGAGCGUAA